AUGCGAGAUUCUAACCCACAAUAUAGCAUGUGCCCCAAAUUACUUUGCUUAACAGCAAGACAAGACAAAGCAUGUUCCUUCUCUAGCUCAGAUACAUUCUUUCCUUCAUGUGCUCUUAGCUUAGAGACAGCCAAGAUGAUAUUUUCUCUUCAAACCUUCUCUAUGCAUGCUCUCGGUCAUCUAUAUCUAUAUCUUGAAGAGAAGGAAAAUGAGACCUAUCGCUCCAAAUCACGCUUUUCCAUUUUUGGUCCCAGUUCCUGGUUGCCUGUUCCGAAAAAAAAGGCUUGGAUGUGCAACACAGUAGCCAUGUCAAAGACUAUGCAGAGUCCUUACUGA